AUGCCUUACUUUUGUGUCAAAAAUGGACGCGAACUUUUAACCUCCGCGGCAAUUAAGGUGUAUAGACAGCACGGCUUCAUCCUCGCGGAAUCCUUUUUCAGCGAGAAGACAACCCACGAGCUCUCCAUGGCCGUUCGGGGCGCGGUCAUCAAGCGCGGCAUGAACCCUUUUCCCGCCGUCGACCCCCAAAACAACAUGAAGGUCAAAUUAGAUCACAAAAUGCAGCCUCGCAUACACCCUUUGGAGCCCCAAUCGGGUAUUCCAACACAAUCAGAAACCGAGAUGAAUCCAAAGGCACCUCGGGAAGGGACUUCCGAAGUGAGGAAGGACAAAAAUCGCGCCCAACAACGGGUUGAUCGGGCGUUUCGCCGCAUUUGUCGUUUAAAUUACCACUCCGUAAAGGCGGGUUUGCAGGCCCUUCGCGGGCGGGCGGUCAAGCCUAUCGACGAGGCCCUCGACACCGUCUUCAACACCUCGAAGUACUGGUGCUUUCUCUGGGAGGGCUCCCCCGCCCUGCGCGGUCUUUUGGAGCCCAACGAGGGCGAAAAGCGGGCGGGGGAUCUCCUCGGCGAGGCCGCCGCCGCGCUGAGCGGCGAGGUGGUGAUUCGCCUCUACUCCGAUGGCGUCUACGAGGCCCAGCCCUUCAUCAACCCCACCCCUUUUACCUUCGCCGGGUUGAAUAGCCCUUUUCAGAACCCCUACGCGCUCUCCGCGAUGAUUGGGCUGGAGGAUUUGGACGGCGCCACGCACGCGGAGGCGCCGAGGAUGGCGGUGAUGCCGGGCUCGCAUCGGGUUUUGCUCUCGUCAAGUGCGGGCGGGGUCGACCUCGAGCAUUUUCGCGUCUUCUCGAAGAUUUUCGACAUGGGAUUUCUCCCCCGCCAGACGCCGGAGCUGCAAGGGCUGCCGGUGAUUCAACUUCCCGCCCUUCGCCCGGGGGGUGUCCUAUUUCUGCAUAAUUUCACCCUCCACGCGAUGUUGCCUGUGAUGGAGGGGAAGGCGACUUUUCCGUAUAUCCCGCCCGCCGCGCGGGGGCCGCGGAAUCCGUUUUUAUACAACCUCUUGCUGAUGCCGGAUCGAUGUAAGUUUGACGGCGAGCGAAACUCCUGGGCCUCUCGGGACAGCCAUGGGCCUUUGUAUACAUACCAAAAAGGCCAGCCCUUGACGGAUGAUCGGCAAUUUCCGAUUCUCCAUCGGGCGCUUGAUAUUGAAUGA